GUCUAAUGAACUGCGAUGCCCGCGAAUCGCCUUAAUCUUACUCGCGCCAAGUUUGGUAUUGCGUUUAGUAGGUUAGAGUCGAGUGUGGUGACUGGCACUCUUGGAAGUGAGUGUAAGUGUAAUGAUUUUGUCUGCUAUCUCCAAUUUCGCUGUUUUGUUAUAUUUUCUCGAACUACUGUAGUAUAGGGAUCUUAUUGAUCAGCGUGUCUAAACAGAUCACCAUUUUCAAAUCUUACGUGCGGCCGCACCUAGAUGUCUUCAAUACGGUGGCUCCUCCAACAGUCAAGAGACUCUAAUCUCCUUGAAGGAAUACAAAGAACUGUAACAAAAUGUGUUGUGGGGCUAAGGGGAGAGACGUAUCCUGAAAGCCUGAAACACCUAAACCUAUUUACCUCAGGUUGUCGCAGGAAAAGGGGUGACCUGAUUGUGGCAUACAAGAUGGCCCAUCAGGCAGACCACGCAAACAAAUGAAUUUUGCCUGCAACUCAACGAUGUUCACGAGGAAACCCCAUUAAGAAAGCACACCAGAGAGCCAACACCAUACUCAGGUCCAAAUUUUUCUCCCUAAGAGAAUGUGCUUUAUGGAAUACCUUACCGCGACACAUCGUUAUAGCUCCCUCAGUCGACUCAUUCAAGAGACGAUUAGACAGUUAUGUCACUUCUCAUGGACUACCACGGACGUACUCAGGUAGUCACCAACCUCACUAGCUCCCGACUCCCUCCUACCUAUCACUCUGUCCUUAAUACACCCACAUUACCUUCUAAUUCUUCUGUAGGAACCAAACCAUGCGACCAUUCGCGCAAUUCCCAAAUACUUUUCUUUCGUUCCCAUUUCUCUUUUCACCCCUCCUUUUCUUCUCCUUCCCUUUUCCCUUCCUUAUAUUAUUCUUAUUUUCUACAUUUUUUUAUUUUUUAUUCUUUUCUUUAUUCUCUCUUCAUUCCUUUACCACUACCCUACUAUUCUCUUCCAGGUACCUACACAGACAGGAGUCACGGCAGUCCCCUUAACGUCCCAGCAACCCAUAGCUCCCCAAUCACUCUACAAAUUGCAACUUACUAACCCACAAAACAUCCACCUCACCGAAGCUAAGAGCAAGAAAGCAGAGGGGAUUUCCUCGUCCACUGCAGGAGUGAACCGAACAACUGGAACCAAGCCCUAAGAACUAGACACGAGAGAUCAAAAACUACCAGUUUUCUACGCUCGUACUAUCAAUAUUGGAUAUUGGAGAUCUGUUUAGACACAUGAUACAUGUACCCUAAAAUGUAGAUUCGAUUGCUUUGGAAUAGUGGUAAAUGACUGCAAUCGUGCUGCAACGUGUGCUGACACGUUGGAAUUACCAUAAGCAUGUGCUUAUUGCGAUACAGAUUGAAAUAGUGGUCAGUGGUCAAACAUUGCUCCAGUUGGCCUGACGAGAUUAUUGACUGGAUUUCGACUCAGAUGUAAGCUACUGGUAUCAAAUCGUGAUGAACCUGCUUUUGGUUAUAUCCCAGCUGGCAUAAUCUAUGGUCUCCUGUCAGUUAAUGUGGAAAUUGUCCGAAGUUUACUUCGGGCUAGUUUCAGAAACUUCAGGAUAGAGCCGAAAGUUCUAUGUAAAUGAGAUAGUCUCAGAAAACUAAUCAGCUGUGUCUACUGAAUAGAAGUGCUCAAUAUGGAGUCUCCCGUCAUAUCGAUCAGUCCGAGACACUACAUCCAUGUGCUGAACUUAAAUACGCAUGUCACCACCCUGAUUGCUGGACCGAAAACCUACGUUUGCCAGAGAGAUGAAAAGGUUGUUUUGGGGCCACAAGAGCUGACUGUCGUUCCGGCGAUGAUGUACUGCAUUAUUCUUAAUCCUGUGGUAAAGAAUGAGGAUGGCGUUCCAGUUGUUGACGAAUUUGGACAAGUUAAGGUUAAGAUGGGUGAUGAAGAGUACCGCUUCUCUCAAGAUCCGUUUCCUUUAUAUCCGGGUGAAGCACUUAAAGAUACUAUAAAACCACUCCCUAUUGUACUUCCGAACUCAGCACUCAGGCUGAGAGCCGUUUCGGAUUUCGAAGAUGGGAGUAUUAAACGCAUAGCUGGAGAGGAAUGGCUGUUUGAAGGCCCAGGUACUUAUUAUCCUAGAAAGGAAGUAGACAUCGUGAAAUGUGAAAAGGCGAGAGUAAUCCUUGUUAAUUCUGCUCUUGUGAUUGAAGCGACAAAAGACUGUGUUGACCGUAGUGGUGUUUCUCGUGUUUUUGGCGAGCGUUGGCUGGUUGUGACUCCAGGUGCAUAUCUGCCUGGUGUCUAUGAAGAGAUUGUUGAAGAGCGCAAAGCUAUUACGUUAACGGAAAGGCGAGCUAUAUGCGUCAAGGCUAUCAAAUCGCAUGUUGACAAGUUUACAAAAUAUCGUAAGGCUGGUGAAGAAUGGUUAAUCACUCAUGAAGAUGCAGAAUAUCAUAUUUGUGGUGCACUUGAAGAGUUUGUGAGGGAAGUUGAAGUGACUGUACUGCAUGCCCAUCAGUAUUGUGUUAUAGUGAACCCCUGGGAUGCAAAUGGGGUACAUCAGCUAGGUAGAAAGUUGCUUGUACGUGGUGAGAAGUCGUUCUUCUUAAGACCAGGUGAAUACUUGGAAAAUGAUGUUGAAGAUGCAUAUGUUUUACAAAGUGAUGAGGGUCUAAUUCUGCGAGCAAGAGAACAGUUUGUGGAUGAGAUUUGUGAAGAUGUUCAGUCAGAUGAAGAUUCCGUGAUGAAAAAGAAAGUGGUGAGUUUUAAUAUGCACAACUCAUUGCACCUAUGUGCUAGUAGAUACUCGAACUUCCAAUUUGGAAUUCAAAAAUUGUAGAGCUUUGAGGUUUCGAGUUUGGUAAUCUUGAUGCUAGCAAUCGAAAGUUAGUGGUAGUAGUAGUGGUGGUGGGUGUCGACAUUUUAAUUGUGUGUUGCCACUUCGAAAGUCAUGAUGUGACCACUGGUUGUUUUCCAACCGUCAUCUUCCACUCUUUACUUGGCUGCUGAAGAGUUUGUUAGUCAGCAAUGGAAUAAUAGGUUGUUAGUUGAGUGAAGAGACAAAAUAGUUAGUGCAGGAAUAAAUUAGUAAUAAUGGGAGAGAUCAUAUCCAUGUGUAUCAAGUUUGUCAAGCUAGUUAGAGUGGAUGGCUUAGUUGUGACUUUGUUGAGUAUGUGUGACAAGUAAGAGAUGUGGUGGUGAUGCACAGUGAACUUGUGGAGAAGGUGUUCGCAAUGUUGACUUUUAGUUCCUGCUCAUAGUUUGUUCUGUAUCUGUGUUUGGAUUGAAAGCUAGAGUUGGAUAAAAUCUUUCUGUAUGUUCCUUAGAUCAGCUCACUGUUUUCAACAGAGAAAAUGACACUCUUCGAGUGAGUGGAUCCUGUCAUAUUGGUUAUAAA